AUUUUUAUUUGGAGACUUUGCCCUAGUUUCGCCGAUGCUGUCAAAGAGUGUGUAACCAAACUUGUGUAUUCAUUCUUUAUAAGUUUACAGCAAAUGUUGUCAGUGCAAAAUGACGCCUCAAACAGGCAACUUUGGACUUAUUUUGCUUCUGUGGAUUAUUCCAUAUUCAUAUCAAAACUUAAAUUUAUAUCUUGAUGAUAAAGAAACCUCUCGACUGCUAGGUAUACAAGAUUCUGAGCUGUACUAUGUGCGUAACGGGAUCCUCAACAAGUAUGCGCUGACCUUUAUCAUGCCCAUACCACUCCACAUCGACUCCAUCUUCUUCACCUGGCAGAACCUGCGCUCAAAACCACCAGAUAUGUUUUACAAGAUGCGCUUCAAGGUGUUCAACCCCACGGCCAUGGACAUGCCUAUCCCCAGCAUAGAAACCGAUGGAAAAGUGCCUACGGAAAUCUCAAAAUUUCGGAUCACAUUUCGUUGCACGGGAGCCUUGACUACAGAGGUUGAUGUGCACAUACAGAUGAACAUCAGCAUCUUUUCUGCAUCCAAUGUCACAGUGCUGAACCUGAAACGAAAGAAGAUGUGUAACAAAGUGGACACCUACCUGUUCAAGGAGCUGUCAACACCCUCAGUGCACAAGGUUCAACCUGCCAACGUGUCCCAAGACAUUCACCUUCAUAGGGACCUGAACCUGCACAAUCUGAAGCCCCUGGACAGCUCUGACGACAGCGGCAAGUCUACGCAUGUAUUCUACAUCGCCGUGGGGUGUGCCUGCGCGUUGAUCAUCUUCAUUGCACUGGCUGUUGCCGUGUACUACCUGAACUCUCAAAAAUCAAGCAACCGCCCAUAUGUGGAGAGAAUCAGUGACACAAGCAGUUCCCAGGCUCUGACUCAACAAACCAAGUCAUUUCUGCGGUCAGAAACCCCCAACAGGAGCAUAGGGGGAUCUCAUUCUGUGAUUUCAGUCCGUAGCUACCCUCGGGGUGUAUCCCCGAUCCCUGAGUUACGCCAGCAGACCCCUGUGUACCCUAUCGACCCUUACAGCACCUUACAGGAGAUAGCCAUUGACCGAGCCAGAAUAUCUCUAUCAGAGAUCAUCAUGGAAGGUACAUUUGGUAAGGUUUACUGUGGGACUCUACUCAGUGAAGAAAGCAGUGAUAUUGCUGACCAGGAGAUAUACUUGAAAACAGUUACUGAGCAUGCACGCAGUGACCAGGUCAACCUGUUCCUGGUGGAGAGCUGCAUGAUGAAGAAUCUACCUCACCCCAACAUUCACCCAGUCAUAGGGGCGUGUCUGGAGGGGUCCCAGCCCCCCUACGUCAUAUACCCGUACUCCACAGAGGGCAAUCUGAAAAAGUUUCUGCAGAAAUGCCGCUUUUCUGAUUGCAAUUCACAUUAUUCAUUAUCAACUCAACAAAUAGUCUACAUGGCCAUUCAAAUCAUUCGCGGGAUACAGUUUCUACAUCGGAAGAAGAUUGUACAUAAAGACAUCGCAGCUAGAAAUUGUGUUGUUGAGAGUGAUUUAAUAGUGAAGAUCACAGAUAAUUCAUUGUCACGAGAUCUGUUCCCUAAUGACUACAACUGUCUGGGAGACAAUGAAAACCGUCCAGUGAAAUGGCUUGCGUUAGAAGCCAUUAACGAGCAUAGAUUCUCAUCGGCCAGUGAUGUUUGGUCAUUUGGUGUGGUGUUGUGGGAGCUCGUGACGCUGGCCCACCAGCCGUAUCCAGACAUCGACCCCUUUGAGAUGUCCGCCUACCUGCAUGAGGGGUACCGGCUGGCUCAGCCACCAAACUGCCCCGACGAGCUGUACACCGUGAUGGCAAACAGCUGGUCCAUGAAAGCAGAGGAACGACCAAAGUUCUCUCAGCUAUUGGCCUGUUUGCAGGACUUCUAUACAGCUCUUGGUCGCUUCAUCUGAGUCACAGUGGGCAUGGACCAAGCUGCAUGUUUAUAUAUGGGCCUGGCUCUGGUAAAACAGGGUCUAAUGCAUGUGCGUAAAAUGUCGUCCCACAUAAGCCUGCGCAAUCUACAUAGGCUAAUCAGGGAUGACUCUUCCCGCGAAAACUGUAUUGUUGCUAAGAAGUGACUUGUUUAUAAGGAAAAAUACCUGAACCCUUUGCAUGCUGGGAAAUUUGUCGUCUGCUAAAAUGUCGUCUGCUGAAUUUCUAAAAUUAACAUUUUCUUCGAUUUUUUUCAAAGAAUAUUAUCAGAAUAACAAACAGUUUGGAUCCUGAUGAGACGCCAUGUUCUGUGGCGUCUCAUCUGGAUCCAAACUGUUUGCAAAGGCCUUCAAAAUUCGGUUCCCGCACUGAAAGGGUUCAAAGUGUAAAGUGUUUUUCCUGAUGAGCCUGUUCUGACUGCACAGGCUAAUCUCUGAUGACCAUUAUGCACAUUAAGCCCCAUUUUCUCCGAGCGAGGCUCAUAUAUAUGACUAUGAGAUUAUUGUGCAAUGUAGUGAAGUAGUUGGACUAUAUAGUGCUAGAUCACAUCUCUUCAGAGGUUAUCACGGUUUAGUUAUACCAUGGAAUCGUAUGGGGUUGAUAUACAUGAGAAUAAGGAAUUGAAGUGCAGCAUUAAAUUUUACAUCCUUCAUUUCUGUUAUGUGGUGUUAUAUCUCGUGAAAUCAAUGACAACAUUUACCUAGUCUAGGUUAAGGUCCAUAAAUGUAGUGAAUAUAGCAAAUCUUUUUCUAUGGUUGAAAUAAUGAAAAUUCAGUACUACCCUAAUUUCGGAUGAGAAAUUUACAUUUAGAAAUAUACAAUACUUCUCAAUCUUUCCAAAGGAUCCACAAGACAGACAGUUAAUGCCUGGAUUUCAUUAAUGAGUUUCAACUGAUUAUAUAAAUGAUGCCUAGUUCCCUAGUAGAUAUACUUGUACAAUUUUAUAUUAGAAAGAUAAAUGAUAAGAAAAAUAAAUCAAGUAUUAAGUUGGUGUUACUUUUAUACACACUGUGUGCUUCUUCGUUAAGUGAUCGUGGAUUUUUUUUGGUAAUUGUUUAUGGUUACAUUUUUUUUUUGAUGACAAAAUAAAAUGUACUAUUGUGCUUUUCAAACUUGUUGUUUGAUGAUUGUGUUGUUAGUUGAUUUCAUAAUUGAUUUAUGUUUAAUGCAGCUAUACAUUCAGUAAAAAUGUUUAAAAUUGUAUCUUGUUAGAAAAAAAAUUAGGCACAUCUUAGAGAUCAAAAUGUAAACCAUGUGUCAAAAUCUGUAACAUAAUAACUUCAGGUAACUUUAUCAUACAGUUUCUAUACUCUGGAGUAAAGCUAAAUGUACAUAGUGUAUAUUCAGUUUGAACACAUCUUCUAUUGUGUGUGUUCUAUUCAUAUCAAGCAUUUGCUAUCAGAUAAGUAGUGAAAUACACUUAAAAAUGAGAAUAUAUCCAGUGGAAUAAAAUUAAUUGUCAUUUAAACUAAGUUCAAUCAUUUACAUAUAUUGUAUGAACUCAUUGUUUAAUGAUAAAACUGGUUGAAUUUUGACAUUCAAUCGCUUUGUCUGUCAUAAAUUAAUUUCAAGUACCUACUUAGUAAAAUUAAAUGUAAAUGGUUGCAGCAAAACUUGUAUGUGAUACUUUUAAAAAACAGUUUUAUUUUUAUUUUGUUUAAUUUAUUACUUUGUGAUUUGCAAUGUUGGUGCAUUAGGUAUUGUUUGGGUAUUUUAAGAAUCUUGUUUUAGACCUACUGGCAUUUUGAACUUACUGUUAAGAGAUUUUGGUACUUAGAAACACAUAAGUCUUCUUUUGGUAAUUUUUGUUUUAGUAUUAUACAUAAUGGGAAUUUUUAUUUUGCCAGUAAAUAGGAUUUUGAAUAGACACUUUUUGUGAUUUCUGUGAAUGUAUAAGAAAUGCUUCUAUAAUAUAUAACUAAUCAAUGCAAAAUUAAUGUUCUGUAACAUUUUAAUUUAUAGAUAAUACCCUAACAAUGUUUUUAUGCCCUCGGAUCGAAUGAUCGGGGGUAUAUUGUUUUUAGCCUGUUUGUCUGUCUGUCUGUCAUUGUAUGUGUGUGGCCCAAAACUUUAACCUUGGUCAUAACUUGUGCAAUAUUGAAGAUAGCAACUUGAUAUUUUGCAUGCAUGUGUAUCUCAUGGAGCUGCACAUUUUGAGUGGUGAAAGGUCAAGGUCAUCUUUCAAGGUCAAAUAUAUGGCUUUAAAGCGCCGCAGUAGGGGGCAUUGUGUUUCACAAACACAGCUCUUGUUGGUUUUUAUUAAGAUUGUUUAAAUUCAAUCAAGCUCAUAACAUCUGUGUUGUUGUUUUUUCAAUUCUUUUUCAAUUUUAUACAAAUAUUUUUUUUGUUUUUGUUUAAUUUACAUUAGCUUUUUUUUUAUCUCAUCAUUGUAUUGGUUGUCCAGAAAGUGUUGUGUAUUUUUAUCUGCCAAACCACAAAAACUGCUGAGUGUUUUUAUUUAACAGUAUUUCAGUACCUGUGUACAUGUUUUGAAAAUUUAUACCUGGGAAAAUUGUUAUAGGCUACAUACCACCAAGACCAAAGUGUGUGUUGUUUUGUUUCUGUAUUUCAUUUUGUAUACUCUCUGCAAGCAAGUAGAGUGACGUCUGUCUGUCCAUGUGUCUGUCAAUAUUUGAUGAAGUAAUUGUGCACUUUAUACAAUACAACAAUCAAACUCAUAUGUAUGUUUUUUUCGAUAUGAUAUGAAGAUGUACAUGUGCAAUCGUUAUUAUCAUACACUUUAAGUUGAGUGAGUUAUCCCCCUGUAUCAUAGUUAUGCCCCUUGUUAAACUUAGUAAAAUGUCAAUAUCUUGAUUAUAAAACACAAUAUGACAUUCUGCAUCAAUGUGUAUUCAUCAUUAUUUAGAUGGUAUUUGACACUAAAAUGUUGUUUUAACCCUGAGCUUGUGUGUACUGUUGUACCCAAUUAAUUAUUAAUUACUUGAUGUUCCAUAUUUUAUCUUAAUGUUUUGGCACCAUAGUGGUAAUUGUUUUAAGGUUAAAAUAGUCCAUUUUGCGUGGCAAAUAAAAACACAUUAAUAUAGGUUACCAUAAUCAGAGAUACCCCAUAUAUGCCAUACAUUUUCAGGCCAAUUCUGGGACAUUGAGCUCAAUUUUCCGGGACUUUUGCAGAUUUUCCGGGACAUGUAUACAUACAGCGAUAUAUAUAGACAUAAAUACAUAGGUUACCAUAAUCAGAGAUACCGGGCCCCCAUAAUAUGAAUGCCUCCUGUAGUUCAUAUCAACGGGCCUUAAAUCACAAUUAACAAAAAAAACAUACAAUAAUGUUUUGUUUGUGCUUGUAAUGUGACCUUUUUGUCAAAUAAUUACAAUUAUCAUAAGUUAAUGAUCCAAUAAACAUCUUAUUACUUAGUCCUUGUCCUGAGUAUAACAUAGCUAGUCAAUAAUAUUUCUCAUAAAUACGUUGCAUGACACACUUAGAGGUCUAUAACAAUUUAAAUAACAUUUACAUUAUUGUUGUUUAAAGACUAAUAAAAAACACUCCAUCUUUCAGAUCUAUUAGUACUAGAAAUGCCAAUGUUUUUCAAUUUGAAUACCUUGAAAUUCUAAACAUUGUAUAUUGGUCCAUUAACAAUGGCAAAUAAAAAGAAUUAACCUCCUGGCAAUAAUUUAGAUGCUUUUUUUCAAAGAGAUUUAGACCUUAUAUUUGUGAUUUGUCUGAUUUCGACACUUUACAUAAAACAAUUAUAUAAACAUAGUGAUAUGUUGGUCUAAGAAGAAAUACCAUUUAUACCCGCUCAGUGUUUAGCUCUAUCAGAGGAACCUGGCAUUAUCUGCUCCCCCUCCCCCACACUAGAUGUAACCCUUCCAACCCAUCACCAGCUGCUAAAUCCCCCCAAAACCAUCAAAAGUAUCCAUUUGUGAUACACAAUAACAAAAAAAAGGAAGUCUUUUUUUUUACUUUAAUACUUACUUUUUUGUUUUGUUAUUGUGUAUAUCAAAAUGACAAUUUUGAGGGGUUUUGGAAGGGCAGCAGCUGGUGUGUGUGGGGGGAGGGGUAGCAGCUAAUGAGGAGUGCAUUUGAGCUCUGCAGGAAAUUCAGAUGCCUAGAACUUAUGAUGUAUGAUUGAUUAUUAUUUGUUAAUUACAGGCUGUUAUUUCAUGGAACACUAAUUACAUUACACUUAUUGUUCCAAGCAACCUCAUUGUGCCAAAUAUUUGUUUACAUGUAUGUGUGUGUGUAUUUGGUUGAAUAAGAUAUACCCUCUAACAAAAGCUUGUUUGUUAAUUGUUGUCUGAAUUUGCCAUUCUUAUAGUGGCUUUAUAGCUUAUGUAUGUCACAUUCAAAUAUGUGACCCAUGUUUUAUAGCCCAUUCUUAGACUUGCCAAAUGUCACAGAUAGAAAUCAAAAUUUCUAUAAAGUCAUGAACAAAUCAUUAUUAAUCAAUACAUGCAUUUACAGAAAUUAAUAACUGAGUUAAAAUCAAAUGUUCUGAUAAACUAACAGUUCUUAAAAUACUCUUUAUUCUGAAACUGUUUUGUUGCAAGUUUCUGGUUGUUUGAAAACUAUGGCAAAUGUUGCAAUACAAGGGCAAACGUUAAAAGAGACUAAAGUACAACAUUAAAAUACUCUUGAAAACGUCCAGUUUGAUAAACAUUGGUAGUAUGAGUUUACUAAGUUCACAUACAAAUAACUCGAGCAUGUAUAUUUUGGAAUACAAUCUCUAAGGUUCAAGUAAGAGCACAACUUGUGUGCUCUAAAUGUAUUAUUUUAAACAUGAACUUUCUGUAUUUGAAUAGUUUAUUUGAUAAGCAUUGCAUGUGUUGUGAACAUGAUGGUGUAUUAAUUAUGUUUUAUAUUAGAACAUGACUGUGUAUUUCAUUAAGAUGAUUAUUUAGUAAUUGCCAAUGAGUGGAGUUUUCUACUUAGACUGUAUAUUUGGUGUUACAUUGAACAUGGAAAUCAUGUAUCAUAGAUAUUAUGACCUCUUAUUUAAUGUAAUAUAUUUAUGAUUUUGAUUUGAGUCAAAUAAAACAAAAAUAAGUAGCCAA